GUGAACCUGGUACUGAGUGAGGGAAGGUCCCUUGGCUUACUCAUUCGUGGAGGUGCCGAGUACUCCCUGGGGAUUUACAUCACUGGUGUGGAUCAGGGCUCAGAGGCUGAAAGUACUGGUUUAAAGGUAGGAGAUCAGAUCCUGGAUGUAAAUGGCAUCAGCUUCCUCUCCAUCCCUCAUGAUGAGGCUGUUAGAAUUCUUCGCUCCUCUCGACAUCUUAUAAUGACUGUGAAGGAUGUUGGCCGAGUUCCUCAUGCUCGCACUACAGUAGAUGAGACUCAGUGGUUAAGUAGCUCAUAUGCUGGAGAUCCUCACUCAUCUGCAGGGAUUCUGGGAAAUUCCUCUACUGAAACCAGCACAAAGCCAGUCUUCUACCGAGCACCUGCCGGGUCACAGGUCACGCUCAGCAGUCUGGGUAAUCAGUCCGUGGUGGCCCUAGAAGAGAGGGCACGUCUAUUGCUAACUGAGCUUGAAAGAAGCACGAUGAAUUACUACCUCCAGCAGUACAAAGACCUCCACAUCCCAGUGCAGGCCUUCGUAAUGGCUAUGUUUGAGCUUCUCAACACCCAAGCCAAGUUCACUCUGCUGUCUGAGCUACGGCCCCAGAUCUUCCCUCAUGACUUGGCUGUAUUUGACAACAUGGUGUUGAAGCGAGAAAUCGAGUCUAUGAAAUCUCGGCAUCGAUCGGGAGAUACAGUCUCUGUCUUAUCUCAAAGUCCGAGCACAUCAUCCACCGAGAGCCACCAGACUGUCAGCACUGCAAGUACUGCCCGGGAGAGGCUCCUGUGGCUGCUGGAUGUUAUGGAGAACGGAGCAGAUCCUGAGGGAAGUGCCGACUCUGGAAGCCUCAGCAGAACAACUCUGCCUGACAUCUCCCUGGAUGAUGUCAACUCAAUGUUAGAGGAGCCCCCGUCAUUUCGGCCAGCUCCUCCUCCUCCUGUUACAGAAGAAGCACCUUCCAUGCUCAGAAGACAAAAUGGAGAGCGAGUACCGCGUCCUUCCUCUGGCUCAUCACAGUCUGGGCUUUUCUUCACUGCCCCUUCCCAUCCCAGUCCACCAUUGCCUCCUCUAACAUCACCCCCAACUCCGAGCCCUCCUCUUCCUCUUCUCACUACACCCCCCACUUCUCCUCAUUCCCAGAAUCCAAAUGAGGCAAUAUAUGCCACUAUUUCUCCCAAAACUCAGACUUCAGCACGUCCUGCAGCCCAGCUGGCUCUGGUCACGCAGGUACCUCUACCCCCCUUCCCGAGGGUCCAGUCACCUACCAGGUUAAAGCCCAUGUUGGAAAGCCCCCCGCAUUCAGCUUCUUCCUCACAUCCUGAUCAAUCAGAGGUUCACACUACACAACAUUUUGUCAUGGUGGAGGUCCACCGGCCCAACAGCGAGCCUGAUGUCAAUGAGAUCCGAGCUGUACCACAAUCACGAGCCGUCUUGCCCGUCUCACCCCCGGCCUCUCUCUCCCAGCUCUCUGACAGCGGGCAGACUCUGAGCGAGGACAGCGGAGUGGACGCAGGAGAAGUUGGCGGAGGCAGCAAAGACAGCAGUCCUCAGCCACAGAAAUCUAAAGGAGCGGAGAACAUGAUAAAACCAGUAAGGGGAAGUUCAGGGUAA